AAGUGUGCGCGCAGCAGGGAGAGGAAGAUGAUGUGUGCAGCUAGAGGUGGCUAGGUCGUGAGUGCUGGUCCUUGCUGCGAGUAGCCAGACAACUGUUGUAGCCAGACAACUGUUGCUUGGUUCUCGGUCGCUGUCUUGGACGUUUUGACUUGUUUUAAAAAAAAAAACACAAAAAAAAAACAAAGCCACCGACGACUCGACGCCCUGGACAGCAGCAAAAUGCCGAAUAUCAAAAUAUUCAGCGGUAGCUCUCACCCGGACCUGUCUCAAAAGAUAGCAGACCGCCUGGGUCUGGAGUUGGGCAAGGUGGUAACCAAGAAAUUUAGCAACCAAGAAACAUGCGUGGAGAUAGGGGAGAGUGUACGUGGAGAGGAUGUCUAUAUUGUCCAAAGCGGCUGUGGGGAGAUCAACGAUAAUUUGAUGGAGCUCCUCAUCAUGAUCAACGCCUGCAAGAUAGCCUCUGCCUGCAGAGUUACAGCAGUCAUCCCUUGCUUCCCAUAUGCCCGCCAGGAUAAGAAGGACAAGGUGGGGAGUCGUGCUCCUAUCUCUGCCAAGUUGGUGGCCAACAUGUUGUCUGUGUCAGGUGCAGACCACAUCAUCACUAUGGAUUUGCACGCCUCGCAGAUACAGGGGUUCUUUGACAUCCCUGUAGAUAACCUGUAUGCAGAGCCUGCCGUGUUAAAGUGGAUCAGAGAGAACAUAUCAGAGUGGAAGAACUGUACCAUCGUCUCCCCCGAUGCUGGUGGAGCUAAGAGGGUCACCUCUAUCGCAGACAGGUUAAAUGUGGACUUUGCUCUUAUUCACAAGGAAAGAAAAAAGGCGAACGAGGUCGACCGCAUGGUUCUUGUCGGGGAUGUGACGGGUCGGGUGGCCAUUCUUGUAGAUGACAUGGCAGACACGUGUGGGACAAUCUGCCAUGCUGCCGACAAGUUGAUUUCUGCCGGUGCUACCAAAGUCUACGCCAUCCUCACCCAUGGCAUCUUUUCUGGGCCCGCAAUCUCACGCAUCAACAAUGCCUGCUUUGAAGCAGUUGUGGUCACUAAUACGAUUCCCCAGGAAGAGAAAAUGAGGCAUUGUCCCAAAAUACAAGUUAUCGACAUCUCCAUGAUCCUCGCAGAGGCCAUCCGUAGAACUCACAACGGUGAAUCUGUGUCGUACCUCUUCAGCCACGUCCCAUUGUAACAGCGUCCGACGUCAGGCCAAAAACCGAUGAAGCGAUCCCUGCCCACAUUCAAACACAACCAUUAGAGAAGUUCUUCUGCAAACUCACCUUGCUGUUGGAUGUGGGGGAGGGGAAAAAAAGAACUGUUAUGUCCGUUUCCUGCAUCCCGCUCACUUUGUGCAUCGUGUCUCUCGCGACUGGGGUACUACAAAAUAAGCUACCCAUCGAGUGUAUUUAUUGUUAUUGAGUCAAGUGUCCACUGUGCACUUUGUCUGCUUCUCAUAACAUGUAGCGACUGAUGAAGACAUACCUCAGCGUGUCAGGGAGCUCAGGAAGGAGACUGACCUGGUAUAUGGAGCUGUUACAAAAAUGAGGUUUUUAUGGUACUCUUGUAGAUCUUCUGCUUUUUGAAUGUGUAAACAUACUAGUUUAUCGUGCCGCUAAAGCUCCACUCAACACUGAAUGCCUCAGCAGUUUGAACAGCCAUCAGUCCUCUUGCUCCUAAUUUUAUUUUUAGGGCGUGUCGUGGAUAAAGAACAUGUAUGUGGUGGUCUUUUCAACUCUUGGGGUACUCGAUAUUGAGGGGUUGUAUUUUGAACAUCUUUUUAUGAAUUUGUUUUUUAACUUUGGGUUUCUGUGGAAUUGCCUCAGAAAAGAGCUCCUGCUCCCCCACAUCCGUCUUCAUUUGUGGUAUUAUGAUUUGUCUUAAUUCCAAACUAAACUGUUUACUUUUUGAGUAGGCACCAUUUAUGUUGUUUUUAAUAAAGCUUUUGGAAUCCCGAA